AUAAGAGAUAAAAUACAUCCAAAAUGUCUCCCGCACCUGCUUCUAAUGAUGUGAAGAAGGAGUCCGCGAUGGCCCGUCUUCUGGGUUCCGGAACCGCCGGUAUCACCGAAUUGAUGGUUUUCCAUCCUGUCGAUACUACCGCGAAGCGAUUGAUGAGCAACCAGUCUAGGAUCACCUCCUCAAGCGCCUUCAACCAAGUCGUCUUUAGAGAAUAUGCCACUGCUCCUCUUGGUCGCAAGUUCACCUCCCUCUUCCCGGGAUUGGGGUAUGCCGCCGGUUACAAGGUUAUGCAAAGAAUCUACAAGUAUGGUGGCCAGCCAUUCGCGCGAGACUACCUGGCUAAGCACCACGGCUCCGAAUUUGACAAUGCUUUUGGAAAGGGAACUGGCAAGGCGAUUAUGCAUGCUACUGCUGGAAGUUUGAUUGGUAUCGGAGAGAUUGUCCUUCUCCCUCUCGAUGUUCUGAAGAUUAAGCGCCAGACAAACCCCGAAGCCUUCCGUGGCCGUGGUCUGUUCAAGAUCAUCUCUGAUGAGGGUAUGGGACUUUACCGUGGCGCUGGCUGGACUGCUGCCCGUAACGCUCCUGGGUCUUUCGCGCUCUUCGGUGGUUCUGCUUUCGCCAAGGAGUACAUCUACGAUCUGACGGACUACAACUCGGCCUCGUGGUCCCAGAACUUCGUUGCCUCGGUUUGCGGUGCCAGUGCUUCGCUGGUUGUAUCUGCUCCUCUGGACGUCAUCAAGACCCGUAUCCAGAACCGCAACUUCGAGAACCCCGAGUCCGGCUUCCGUAUUGUGUCCAACAUGAUGAAGAAUGAGGGAUUCACUAGUUUCUUCAAGGGAUUGACUCCCAAGCUGCUGAUGACCGGCCCCAAGCUUGUAUUCAGCUUCUGGCUGGCUCAGACUCUGAUCCCAGCCUUUGGCCAGGUUGUAUAAAUAUGAGAACGAUGCAUGUGUGAUAAUAGCUUGUUAUUUUGUACUUUUCUUUUCAUUUUCUUCAAAAGGGGCGUUUUUCAUUCAGUUAUGACGGCCUUUUGGUGUGACGAUUUUUGACGUCCUGACGGCCCAUUUUGUUUUGAUAAACUAGCUUUGGCUUCGUGUUUGGGAUAUAGGACUCGGCUUAAAAAAGAAUCAACUCCUCUUAAUUAUGUACUCCGAGG